AUGACGAAUUACUUCACACAAUGCUGCCAUGGGAAUCGGGGAAGGGGAAGUGGAAGGAGAAGGGAAGGGAAUAUGAGAAGGGGAAGUGGAAGGGGGAACGGAGAAGGGGAAGGAAUCGGAGAAGGGGAUGGAAUCAAGAAAGGUGGCUGGUUCGGCUGUUCUACCGGCGGUACGGUUGGUCUAGCUUUUCCGGCGUCAGGGGGUUGUGAUGGUGGUGAUAAAGAGGUGGCGGCAGGGGGUUGUAAUGGUGGCGAUGAACAGGGUGGUCGUGGGGCUGGGAGAAUGACAAAGAGGACUAUCACUUCUUAUUUUCUUCCACAAAAAAAGGGCAGGGGUGAUGAAGAUAUACCUGUUGUUGAGCCAAAUCAGCCAAUUAUCAUUGAUAAUGAAGAAGUCGAACGUAAUAUUAAUAAUGACAAUGUUGAUGAGCAAAUGCCUAAUGAAGAAGGUAUUGGUCUUGAUUUUUUAAUGCGUGAUCCUGGGUUGCGUAAGCAAAUUGAGACAUAUGAUUCAGAUGAAAAAGAUUUGAUUAGGAGAUCUUACAUUGAUUUUGGGCCAUAUCAACCUAAACUUGAUAAUUAUCCAUACUCUGGUUCCGAAAAACACCCACGUAGGUUCCAAAAAAGUUGGUUUGUGAAGUUUCCUUGGUUAGAGUAUUCUCCCACAAUGGAUGCUGCUUAUUGUUUCUAUUGCUUUCUUUUUGCUAAAAAGCCUCUUGGAAGAUGUGGUUCGGAUACAUUCACCGUGAAGGGCUUUAAAAAUUGGAAGAAAGUAAAUAAUGGGAAGGAUUGUGCAUUUUUGUGUCACAUGGGGAAAGAUUCCAAUUCUGCUCAUAACUUUUCAACAAAGUGUUAUUUUAAUCUCAAAAAUCAAUCCGCUCACAUUGAGAAAGUAGUAGAGAAAGUAACUGCAGAGGAGAUUGUCAAGAAUCGUUUACGCCUUAAGACAUCAAUAGAUGCUGUUAAAUGGUUAACUUUCCAAGCUUGUGCAUUUAGAGGGCAUGAUGAACGUUCUAGUUCAAUUAAUCAAGGGAACUUCUUGGAGAUGCUAAAACUUUUAGCAUCAUAUAAUAAAGAUGUUGAUUCGGUUAUUUUGGAUAAUGCCCCAAAGAAUGCCAAAUACACUUCUCCACUAAUCCAAAAGGAGAUUCUACAUGUUUAUGCAAGAAAAGUGCAAAAUAGUAUACGUGAGGAAAUUGGUGAUGCAAAGUUUUGUUUGAUUGUUGAUGAGUCUAGGGACAUUUCUAAGAAAGAACAAAUGGCAUUAGUAGUGAGAUAUGUUGAUAGAAGUGGAUUGGUAAGAGAGCGAUUUUUGGAUUUGGUCCAUGUCAAAGACACUACAUCAAAAACAUUAAAAAGGGAAAUUUGUGCUGUCUUGUCUCAUCAUAACCUUAACCUUCAAAAUAUUAGAGGUCAAGGGUAUGACGGUGCAAGUAAUAUGCGCGGAGAGUGGAAUAGGUUUCAAGCUUUAUUUAUGAAGGAGUGUCCUUAUGCCUAUUACAUUCAUUGUUUGGCACAUCAACUACAACUAGCUCUUGUUGCUGCAUCUAGGGAAGUGCCACAGAUUCAUACUUUCUUUCAACAAUUAAUUUUUGUUGUUAAUGUGGUCACUAGCUCUUCAAAGCGACAUGACGAGUUACAAGCAACUCAAUUGGCUGAAAUUGAACAUCUAGUUGAGAUUGAGGGGCUUGAGACGGGAAAAGGUCUCAAUCAAAUCGGUACAUUACAACGACCAGGUGAUACUAGAUGGAGCUCGCAUUACAAGUCAAUAUCUAGUUUGUUAAGAAUGUAUUGUGCUACUCGCUUAGUUCUUGCUAACAUAGCUAGUGAAGGAACAACUUAUGCUCAGAGAGGAGAUGCUCUUAAUGGAGUUAAGUUGUUAAUGUCAUUUGAAUUCGUAUUUAACAUACAUGUUGUGAAGGAGAUUAUGGCCAUCACCGAUGGACUUUGUCAAGCACUACAAUUGAAGACCCAAGAUAUUGUAAAUGCAAUGCAUUUAGUUUGCACUACAAAGACAUUACUUCAAACUUUAAGGAAUGAUGGGUGGGAGAGUUUGCUACAUAAUGUUAAAGUUUUUUGUGAGAAAAAUGGUGUUACAGUUCCCGACAUGGACUCUCCUUAUGUUGAUGUGCUUAAAUCUAUAAGGCAACAAUCAAGAAAAAAAGACAAUGUGACAAUGGAACAUCACUAUAGAGUUGAUAUAUUUAUGGUUGCUAUAGAUCGUCAAUUGCAAGAGCUAAACGCAAGAUUUAGUGAGCGAGCUACUAAACUUCUCAUUUUAAGUGUGGCCUUGAAUCCAAGAGAUGGUUACAAGUCAUUCAAUAUAGAGCAUAUUUGCAAGCUAGCUCGAGAUUUUUAUCCUAUUGAUUUCACAAAACAUGAGAAAGAUCAUUUGAGUUAUGAAUUGCAACAUUAUUGGCUUGAUAUUCCUAUUCAUCCAGUGUUGAAGAACUUAACUACUCUUGGUGAUUUAUGUCAAGGAUUAGUGACUACAGAAAAAAUAAAAGAUUAUCCUCUUGUUUCAAGGUUAAUUCGUCUCGUAUUAACUCUUCCAGCAUCUACUGCAACAACUGAGAGAGCUUUUUCAGCCAUGAAGAUAGUGAAAACAAACCUUCGAAGUAAGAUGGAGGACGAUUUUUUGAAGGACUACUUAAUAGUGUAUAUAGAAAAGGAGAUAGCGGAAACACUUAGUGAAGAUGCCAUCAUUGAUGCUUUUUAUAUGAUGAAAGAGAGACGAGCACAACUAAAAUGA